CGCGCGCUACGCGUGUGUCCUGUGCCCGCGAAUUUUCCGUGCGUUAAGAAAAAUAAACGUCAACAAUGAUUUCCGGAAGAGGAAGGAAUCGAUAAUUCGAUUUGAUCGGACCAAAAUUAAUUUCGUGAUUUUUUUGUUUUCCUUUUGUGUUGUGACAGAGAGUAAAGUAGUGUAUUAUGUUGUGUUAAACUGUUUUUUUUAUUAUUAUUUUGCCGCUGUUUAUUAUCAAGAAAUUAAAAGACACGACAAUGCCGAACCAGACAAGUGGCGGGUUCCAGUGGGACAAGAUGUCCCCCGCUGAGUUCCAGCAGCUGCAGGAGCUCACCUCGUAUUCAACGAGAAAACUGCAGGACGUCUUGAAAGAGUUCUGCGAAGUUAAAAAGCAAAGUUCCGACGGGGACAUCGACUAUGAGGGUUUCCGUUGGUUCCUCGACACCUUCCUCGAGGUCUCCACGCCGGAUGAGCUCUCUAGACAUCUGUUCCUGUCGUUCGUCCGGCGGGACAAGCGACCAGCGCUGCGGGAGAUGGCAGCCGCCAGCUCCACCGCAGCCUGCGCUCCCGUCACCGCACAUGGGGACCAUCAGGUAAAGGGGAAGUUAAGUCUCGCUUCCAAAAUUCAUGGCUUGGCAGAGAGGUUACAGCAACUGGGCAAGAGUUCGAGCGACUCCGUGGACGGCAGUGACAAAGGGUCAAGAAGUAGAACUGGAAGCGUCCACCCGAUGUUCGCGGUGACGACGCACCCGUCGUACUCGUCGCACGAGCUGUGCAUCGGCCGCAACGAGACCAGCCCCAGCCACAGUCAGAUGUCCAGGAACAGCAGCCGCAAGAGCAGCAACUCGCUCCGGGUCAACCAGCUCAACAAGAUCGAAGACUUCAAGCACCUUAUACGCAGAUCAUCUACGUUAGAAGUUCACACUGCCAGAGUAUCGCUCAAGGAUAUCGUCUGCUACCUUUCACUGCUGGAGGCAGGGAGACCAGAAGAUAAGUUAGAAUUUAUGUUUCGUCUAUACGACACUGACGGCAACGGCGUACUGGACACCAACGAGAUGGACUGCAUCAUCAACCAGAUGAUGGCCGUCGCCGAGUACCUGGGCUGGGAGACGUCCGAGCUGAGGCCGAUCCUCCAAGACAUGAUGGUGGAGAUCGACUAUGACGCAGACGGUACAGUGUCAUUAGAUGAAUGGAAGAGAGGAGGGAUGACCACGAUCCCGCUGCUGGUGCUGCUGGGUCUGGACACGAACGUGAAGGAGGACGGCGAGCACGCGUGGCGGCUGAAGCAUUUCAACCGCCCCGCCUACUGCAACCUCUGCCUCAACAUGCUGGUGGGGCUGGGGAAGAAGGGCCUGUGCUGUAUAUUCUGCAAGUUCACUGUGCACGAGCGGUGCGUGCAGCGCGCGCCGGCCUCCUGCAUCGCCACAUACUGCAAGUCCCGGAGGGCGCCCACCACGCUAGCUCAUCAUUGGGUUGAAGGAAACUGUCAUGGCAAAUGCGCACGGUGUCGGAAAAAGAUCAAGGGGUACAACGGCAUCACCGGCCUGCACUGUCGCUGGUGCCACAUCACUCUGCACAACCGGUGCGUGGGCAGCGCGGGCGGGUGGUGCUCGCUGGGGCGGCACGCGCGCCACAUCCUGCCGCCCACCGCCAUCCGCCCGCUCGUCCUCGACCGCCAGCGCUCGCUGCCGCACCGCCCGCCCCACGAUCAGCAAUCCAUUCCCGUAUCGAUAUCCCUGCCGAUAUCGAUAUCGGCGAACUCGGAGGACAAGACAAUUUCAGACAAGAAGGAGAAGAAGGAACACCGCGCUCCCCCCAUCUCGUUCCAGAUCACUCCCCCUGAGGGGACCUGCCCCCUGCUGGUGUUCAUCAACCCCAAGUCCGGGGGCAGACAGGGGUCCAGGGUGCUAAGGAAACUCCAGUACAUCCUCAACCCGAGACAGGUCCAUGAUAUCGCUAAAGGAGGACCCAUGCAAGGUCUGCAAAUGUUCAAGGACGUGAGGAACUACCGAGUGAUCUGUUGCGGCGGAGACGGCACUGUUGGUUGGGUUUUGGAAACCAUGGACAAAAUCAGCAUGGAGACUCAACCAGCCGUGGGCGUAAUUCCACUGGGCACCGGCAACGACCUGGCGCGCUGUCUACGGUGGGGAGGGGGAUACGAGGGCGAGUCUAUCCAUAAGAUCCUGGACAAGAUCGCGCGCGCCAGCACCGUCAUGAUGGACCGCUGGCAGAUACAGGUCGAGAACACGCAGGGGGAGUGCGAGCAGGUGGUGAUGCCGGAGUCGGCGCCGCACCCGACCAGCGUGCCGUACAACAUCAUCAACAACUAUUUCUCCAUCGGCGUCGACGCGGCGAUCUGCGUGAAGUUCCACACGGAGCGCGAGCGCAACCCGGACAAGUUCAGCUCGCGCAUGAAGAACAAGCUGUGGUACUUCGAGUUCGCCACCUCCGAGCAGUUCGCCGCCAGCUGCAAGAACCUGCACGAGAACAUCGACCUCGUGUGUGACGGCAGUUCCCUCGAGCUGGGUAAGGGCGGCGCGCUGCAGGGCGUGGCCCUACUCAACAUCCCGUACGCGCACGGCGGCUCCAACCUGUGGGGCGCCGGUGCUGCCCGGCCGCGCCGCGGACCCUUCCCUGAUAAACAGCAAGAUAUUGGUGACAAGCUAAUAGAAGUGAUCGGCUUGGAGAACUGUCUGCACAUGGGACAAGUUAGAACAGGUCUGCGCGCGUCAGGCCGACGUUUGGCGCAGUGCAGCUCCAUCACCAUUACCACGCGCCGCACCUUCCCCAUGCAGAUCGACGGCGAGCCCUGGAUGCAGCCGCCCUGCAAGAUAACUAUAACACACAAAAACCAAGUUCCGAUGCUGAUGGGUCCAGCGCCGGAGAAAGGACGGGGAUUUUUCAAACUUUUCUCUCACUGUUAGCCUCUCUUUCAUUCCAAAUAUUUUUCGUUGUAAGAUAGAAAGAGAUAGAGUUUUAUUUAUUUCAACUUUUAUUGUUAAUAGCGAGUAUUUGUAAAUAUUGUUUGAAUUAGUUGAUGCUUUGUU